AAAGGUUUCUGUUGUGUUGUGUAUAUUUUGCAUUUUUUUGUAACAUUGUAUGAUGUGUUAUUGUGUUCAAACAAACCCAUAUGUUAUACCCAAGCUAUUCAUAAACCGAGAGUGACAAAUACGUUUAAGAAAAUCUUAUUGAAUGUAUUGAAGAAUACUUACCUAACCACACUUUCAUGUGGCUUACUUUAGACAUUUUAGAUGAGACUAAACUUUUCAUUCCUGUUUUAAUAAAUCAAGUCGAACCACGGCGUCAAACAAAUCGGAAGAAUCUGCCCAUUUAGAAGCAGAAAAUCGAUAUAAGAUGCCAGCAGCCAGUUUCGGUUCUUUGUCGCAACUGCCAGCAAAUGGGGAUUGUGGUAUUAAAGAUGUAUGGAACCAUAACCUGCAUGAAGAAUUUCAAAUAAUAAGACAGGUAGUCCAAAAAUAUCAUUGGGUAGCAAUGGACACUGAAUUUCCAGGUGUGGUAGCUCGUCCUAUAGGUGAAUUUAGGUCCACAGCUGACUACCAAUACCAACUGUUAAGGUGUAAUGUUGACUUGUUAAGAAUUAUACAGUUAGGACUUACAUUCAUGGAUGAAAAUGGCAAAACUCCUCCUGGAUACACUACAUGGCAAUUUAAUUUCAAAUUUAAUUUACAAGAAGACAUGUAUGCACAAGAUUCAAUAGAUUUGCUUCAGAAUUCAGGUCUACAAUUUAGAAAACAUGAAGAAGAUGGCAUAGAACCACUGGAAUUUGCUGAAUUACUGAUGUCAUCUGGUCUUGUCCUCAUGGAUAAUAUAAAGUGGUUAAGUUUCCAUUCAGGUUAUGACUUUGGUUACCUGUUGAAACUACUGACUGACCAGAAUCUGCCGCAAGAUGAAAAUGACUUUUUUGAUAGUUUACGAAUGUACUUUCCAACAGUUUAUGAUGUCAAGUAUCUGAUGAAAUUGUGCAAAAAUUUGAAAGGGGGUCUUCAAGAAGUAGCAGAUCAGCUAGAAUUAAGGCGUGUUGGACCACAGCAUCAAGCAGGCUCUGAUUCCCAUUUAACGGGCAUGGCAUUUUUCAAAAUAAAAGAGAUCUUCUUUGAUGAUAACAUUGAAAGCUCAAGUGGCCACCUCUAUGGUUUAGGGGCACCAUUUUCCGUCAACGUUAACAACUUCCAAGACAACGGGGAAAACGGAAAUUCAUCUUGAUCCGGUGACUCUGCAUGCUUGGGCAGACUCACACCGCAGCGAGUGUUUCACCUUACAGAAUAAGCCUUUGCAUGCAUAAAAUAUUAAAAUUAAAUGGUACAUUAAACCGUUUAAUAAAGGGGGCUAAUAGGGAUAAUGACGGAGUAAAGUAAACGUAAUUCUAAUUAGUCCAUCAGUAAGAUUAUCAAAAAAAAUCGACACUUAUUUUUUCUUUUGUCAGUCAACCAUAAAAUGAUAAAGAUUUAUCUUUGUUACCUCCACAAAGUUUGGGAAGGAGGACUUAUGGCGUCAUCUUUUAUUAAAAAUUGUAAAGAAAACGUGACGUAACGCGCCAUUGCAAAUCAAUAUUUCUAUGUAAUGUUUUGUUUAUGUGAAAAAAUAAAAAAAUACGUGUUCAAUACUUUGAUAAUCUACCUGAUAUAUAAUAAAAAAAAGUAUUUCUGCUAGCGAUCCCCUAUUUAUUUCUAUACUUAUUUGAAAAGUAAGAUAAAUACUGUUCCUCCCCAUGUAUGAAAUAAAAAUGAUCGCGAUUGGAGUAAAAGCUACACAUCAAAACCCUUUAAAUCAUAAGUAACACAAUGGGUAUGACACGGUGAUUAGUAUUUACAUAAUACUUACCUAGUUCUUACACAUGAAUCUGCUAUGUAAAUUGCUGUGAACAAACUAGACUGGUGAUUGUGUCUUUUUUUUGUGCAUAUAUUUGUAAAUAAAAUCAUGUUACUAUUUCUGGAAUCUUUCUCAAAGACUUAUGGUUAAUUCAUACUAACGCAGUCGAAUCGCAUCGAAGCGAAUCUCAGUAAUGUGACAAAGAAAUUCACCUUUUUCUCCGCAAUGUAAAGUAUUUACAUAUUCCUACUGUGAAGAAAAAAAGAGGCCCGAAUUCCGCUGAUUAUCUAUUCAGAAGGAAUAUGUCCAUUACGUUGUAGUCAUAAUGGUGAAUUUACUAUGUUACUGUUUCUGAAAUUUCUCUGCG